AUGGCAGCUCACUCUCAUCGUGCUAGCUCACUCUUAUCGUGCCAGCUCACUCUCAUCCAGCUAACUCUCAUUAUGGCAGCUCAGCUCGUUAUGGCAGCUCAGCUCAUUACGGCAGCAAAGCUCAUCCUCAUCAUGGCAGCAAAGAUGACUCGUUGUGUUUGUACAAAGUCAGGAGUAGGGAUUGAGCCAGAGUUCGCUCAGGAUAUGAUCGGAUUCACGGAAACCGGCUGCAGAGCUGGACUCCACCAAGGCUUGAUUCACUUUUGCCCGCCUUACCAGUGCUUGAUUUGUUUCGACUUGGUCACACUUCUCCACCAAGUUUUCACAAAUUCCUAG